UCACAGUGUCGAAUUUUGACAGUUCGUUACGUGUCAAUUUUUCCAAAACACUCAAAAUUUUUUGGAUUUCUUUCGGAUUUUUUUAAAUUCUCAGCGUCAUGGAGUCGAAAAAGCCCGGAAAGCAAGGCACGAAGGGCGCCAAACAAAUUGUCGAAGAAAAUAAAGCCACACUAAAGUUCUAUCUUUACAUGAUUUCGGGAUCUGCCGUCGCUUACUUCUUGUUGCAGUUGAUUUUCGGCUCGUUAUCAUCAUGGGGCACGAUAACGCUGACAGUAAUUUCACUUUUAGCUCAAAUCGCGUCCUACAAAUUCAUGGAAAUGAUGUCUCGACCGAACAUUACGGAAACUGGGCAAGUUUUGGAUGCCGGCACGGAUCUCAAUAUGGAAGGAGGCAUCGCAGAACACGUUAAAGAUGUCAUAAUUCUCACGUCAGGCACGAUGCUGCUCUCGAUUUUCUCGCAUUACUUUUGGUGGGCUUUGCUCUUUGCGCCGUUGAGAGCUCUUUACAUGCUUUGGGGCAGCGUCAUUCAACCUUGGUUGCAGCAAAAAGACGAAAAACCCGAACAAGUUGACGAUAAAAAGCAGAAAAAACUUGAACGGAGGAUGAAACGAACGAACGUUCGAUAAAAAAAAUUAAAAAAAAAUUUUAAUAGAAAAAUUGUGUGGCUGCUGGGAAUGUUAAAUUUUUAUAUUUUUUUGCAUUUUAUUUUUUUUUUCUGUUAAUAAAAUUCAGUUUUGACUCUUAAAUU